UAUAAGUCUCAUCAAUCAAUCAAUCAAUCUAUCAUCUUUGUUGCUGUGUUCUGCAGUCUUUCCAAAGUCUCAACAUCUUUUCUACAAUGUAGUGACCAAAGCUGUAUGCAGUGCUCCAGAUGUGGUCUUACCAAGGCCUUAUAAAGUGGUAUUCAUGUGAUCUUGACACUGUGCCUCUGUUUAUGCAACCAAGGAUUGCAUUAGAUUGUUUGGCUGCUGCCGCACACGGCUGGCUCAUCUUAAAGCAAUCAUUCUGGGAGACAAUCUUGUCACCAAACACCGAAAUAGACAUGCUGCUGUCCUUAAAUGCAGCAAUUUGCUUUGAUUGACUUCUUGCAUAAGGCGUCAUUCAUAAAUAAACUGGGACUGAGGCAACAGCUCAAAAGCGUAACGAGCAGGUCCAGGGCGAGGCGCGCAGGUUUCCGGGGGCGAAGAGGGUGAUGGGAGGAACAAAGGGGGAAAUGAAACGGGGAUCUUUUCCUUCAGAGCUCUCCUCCUGGUGGGGCUGCUCCUGAGCAUGCGAAAGCUGCAGCUGAUCCAAGCCCGGUGGUUUUCCUGCCUUCCCUGGAAGGCUCCCACUGUUGCUGUCCUGGUUGCCUGUGGCUGCUGCCGAAUGCGGUUCAAGAUGCAAAGACGGUCCCCCCUCUGAGGCCCUGGGUGGCCCCACUUGAGGGACCACCCACUCCCGUCUUCACACAGUCGGGGCAGGGGUGUCAGCAAGCCGAGGUGUUGGCUGCAAUGAUACAAAGCCCUGCCUUUCGUUGCACAAUGGUGGCCUCCAUCGUAACCUUGUUUUUCUAUCCUCAGUAGGGUGCCCUGAAUAGAGUGGGGCCAACUCCCUCCAGGUGGCCCCAUCUGAGAAUGCCAUGGGGGGGCCUCUGGAAGGGGGCAGUCACUGCUCCCCCCUUGGCAGCUGCCUCCCUCCUCCCACCCAGCCCAGGAUGGAGGCUUGCUGGGAACGUUGGGGUGCCCUGGUGACAAAGGGGUUGCUUUCCUUGGGCCCUUCCGGGUGGGUUUACUCACGGUAUUUGUUUGGGGGGCUUUUAUAAAUGCUGUUUUUGAUGCUGGCCUGCUGGCACACUUCCAGAAUGGCCAACGCAUAAAAAAAAUACACUGAAUAAAUGCACAUUUUAAAAUGCUGAGAAAUGACUUAAAAUGGAAAGACCGAAGGGUCCCUGCUCUUCCCCUAAGCCACCCCAAAGGGAGAAGGAUCCCGGCUCCCUAAUUAUUGGGGGCUGCCCCGGUUCCCAGCCUUUCCAAGGAUUGGGGGGGGCUCUUCAUUUCUCAGGGUUUCCUGGUCUCCCCCAGGAGGGUCCCCGUGCUUGGAGGGCAGCCCCGGCCUCUCGGAUGCCCGGGAGAGCCCCAAAUCCCGCUCCCAUCGGGGACGGCCUCUCGGGAGACCCCCCUCCUCGCAGGGGCGAUGCGUGGCCCGACCGGGGCGGAGCUGCCUGCUGGGGGUCCGUCCUGGCCCCCGCUCACCCACCCAGCGGGCGCAGGGGGCGCGCGGGGCGGGGGCGCGCAGUGACGAAAAGCCGCCUUGCCGGAGGCCGAACGGGGGGCUGUCGGGGCGGCGGCGGCUUCUGCUGGCGGGCGGACGGACGCGGCGCGAAGCAGCGGCAGGGAAAGCCCGGAGCGACGGAGCGCGAUCCGGCCCACUUCCUGGAGACCAUGAGGGUGAAGUGCAGCCCAGCCGUCUGUUGGACUCUCCUCUUCCUGCUGGCCAUUUUCAUGGACAGCGUGGCCUGCAAAGGGGGCCGGGGUGGAGCUCGGGGGUCAGCCCGGGGGAGUGCGCGGGGCACCUCCCGGCGGUCCAAGCCCGCGCCCCGUUACAGAUCCUCAGGGACAGCCCUGCGCGUGGCAGCGGCUGCUGCUGCAGGAGGAGCUGCGGCUGCCGCUGCGGCGGCCGGGAUGAGCAUGGCGGGGCAGGACAGCCCCGAAUACGGGGAGAUGCAGCCCAGGAACAACACCGCAAGGAGCACUCACAACCCCCAGCCCUGGCCCCUCCUCUGCGUCUCGGCCUCCCUCUGGUGUGUGGCCCUGGUGCCUCGGGCCCUCUGACGUUCAGAGCCUCUGGUGGGCGGCCUCUCACCCUGAGCUCCCCACAAGCGAUCUGGGGGGGCUGAGUCUCCCUACCACGAUUUACUCAACGGUGCCAAAAUACAUUACAACCCACUCCUGUCCUGGCUGGUUUCCCCAGUUUUUACUUAUUUAUUGAGACUGCCAUCCUAAAGUCAAUCCAAAGGGGGGAGGGGAGAGAAUGGUUACUUAAUGGUCGGUGUCUGCUGGUGGACAUUCUGAGAUGUGGCAUCCCUGCCCACUCUACGUGGACCGUAUUCAAAUUCUUCAUGCAGCUCUUUUCUAACGAUUAAGACAUAAAGGCCUUCAGACCUUCUGCCAAGAAUUUAUUGCUACUUUUAUACAGUGGAUCUCCAGGGAACAAUCUCUCCCUCCGGUGCCUUGGAGAGCAAAGGAGCUUGACUUCAGAGUCAUUCCAUGUCAGAUCCACCCAGACGGAUGCGCAGAAGUCGGUGUGGCAACACAGAGAACGUGCUGGACAUGGAAGAGUCCGACUCAAGUCGGACUCAACUAUGUGCAAUUUCUGGCUACUCAUUCCUCUUGAGGCCAAUUUAUAGAUCACCAGGUAGAUGGGAGGCUCAAGUGAGGGGACAAUAUCUUGUCUCCUAUCUUGAGCAACUAAGAAAAGCUGAAUAUUAUCAGUUGUAUCAUGUUCAAGGCUACUAUUGAAAAAAAUCGUUUCCUUAUCCUCCUCUAACUGAGAGAGUUUGGUAUGUAACACGUGGCUCUUCUUUUGGCCAAAACCGAGAGAAGCCAAACGUGUAAUACACAACACUCUUCUUGCAUUGUGUUUUGAACUGGCCGAAGGGGGCAAUUGCUGUAUUGGUGCAAACAUCCAAAUUGCUCGGAGGCAGCCACGUCCUCCAAGUAGACAGAAGAAGGGGAUGGUCAAGGGCAGAAAGGGUUGGGAUGGGCAUUGACCUGGACAGGCUGCCAUUUUUGUUGUUGUUCUUGUUGUUGUCAUUAACGUGGUUUUAAUUUCCUGUGGAAAAUCUUCUCAAAUGCCUUUGCAGCAGCUGGAAGAUUCUGAAAACGUCUAUUCUCCUUUUGGCUGGGAUAUUUCUGCCCUCAAAGUCCAGUAAAAAAUCAUUUUGGGGAAGCAGCUAAUUGGGUCGGCCACGUCCCUUCAACCAGACCGCCAUGUUUUUGAAAACGUGCCAGAGUUUUCAGAAAUUCAGUAGGGAGAUUCAAUAAACAGCUUUGCAUAGUUGAUAUGACAUUUGCUGCCCUCAGAUAUUACGAAGGCUCUUGAGAUGAUUAUAAAAUGGAUGAGACAAAUUUGUGGAGCUAUUAGACUUGAAAGCCAGGCAUUCUGAAUUGCGUACAAGAGAUGGGCAGCUGUGAGAGAGGAGGCAAGGCAGCUUUCCCUGGACACAAGCUUUCCCGAUGCAGCCGAAUGGAUACUGGGUCACAGAGAAUGCUGCUCUGAAUAGACCUUUGCCCUGAUUUAUCUCAUUCAUCAACUCCAAAAUGUUUAAGAACUUUUCCAUGCAUUUCAACGCCUGUGAUGUCUGGGUGCAAAGAGAACUAGGAAUGGUUCCUGACGUUCAUUUAUCUGCUGGUGUUCAAUUCAUUUAAUAAAAGUCACCACAAUAGCCUGGUCUGUACGUAUGAUAUUUUGGAUUCUGAGGUUCUGGGGGGAAAUGCACAGGUUUUGCUUCCAAUAAUGAGGGGGUGAAGACGUUGCAGCAAAUGUAAACUUUUUUUUGCACUGGAUGGUGCGUAUGUUUGUGCCUCUGGGUCAGCUUUUGACUCCCGGGGAGCGUCCGGACUCCUCCCUGCAGUUGCAGAAGUGCUUUGCCACUCUGAUGCGACAGCCUUUCUGCACUGGGGACCGGUACUCCGCUUAUGAUGCCAAGAUCCUUUCUACAAUCCGUACGCUCAGCCAGGCGUCCCUUGUGCCACCACAGGGCUCGGAUGUCUGUGGAGACUCUCAAUCAUCCAGGUCACAGUGGUCCCACAGGUGCUUUUCCAAAAGACAAAUGGACCUUCUUGGUUUUUUCCCUUG